AUGGCUGCUGUUUCUAGGAGAGUCAUUGAUGAUGCUAUUAAAGCCAGAACUUUAUCUUUAGGAUACCAGAAGCUGAAGAAAGAUCAAGCACGAGUUAUAAGAUCUUUUGUUGAGGGAAAUGACAUUUUUGCCUGUUUACCAACUGGUUUUGGCAAGUCACUUUGUUACUUCAGCCUCCCUGUCAUCUUCGACUUGCUACAUGAACGUAGUUCACCUACAUCUGCUAUAAUAGUUAUCAGCCCACUACAAGCAUUGAUGAUGGACCAAGUGGUUUCUCUAAAGAAUAAAGGAAUCAAGGCAGUUACAGUGAUUGAUCUUGGUGACGAUGAUGAUGAAAGGAAUCUAUUGGAAAAGUCAGAAUCUGUUGAAGAAGAAAGUAAAUCACAAUAUUUGUUAGAUAAAGUUAUUCAAUUCCUUACUGAAAUUGUGAAGACAAUCAUCUGCAGGACUUACAACGAUUGUAGUAGAAUAUAUCAACUCUUCAAGUUUAACCUAAGAAGGAAUUUACAGAUCUUGUUGGAUAUCCAGACGUGUCACAAUUUUGACUUGUGGACAUGUUCCAUGCCACCAACUCAGUCAAAGUAA